AUGUCCGAUGAUCCUUUAGUGAAUGGAGUACCGUUAAGCACCUUAAAGGUCGUAGAUUUGAGAAAAGAAUUGGAAAACAGAGGAUUGAGUAAAGCUGGUGUUAAGAAAGAGUUAGUGGAGAGGUUGAGAAAGAAUUUAGAGGAAGAUGAGACCAAGUCAGAAGAACCUCCAGCACCUUCUAGUCCAACUGUAAGUUCUUUGCCUUUUUGUCUCGAGUUUAGGUGGAAUUUUGAGGAAUAAACUACAAUACUUUGUAAAGAACAUAACAAAUUGUCUUUUUUUUACUUAAAUAGUAGAUUUAGAGCGGUAUGACUAGAUCAAAACAUCAAUUUUUUCAAAAAAUUUUUGCUACGAACUUAUACAACAAUAUUUUAAUUUUCACAACGGCAAGAACACAGACUGAAGAUAAAGUUUACAAAAUAACUUACUGUUUUACAUGAUCUAGCUUUAGAAACAGAAUUCAGGUUGAUUCUGAAUUUGUUUGCCACGAAAAGAAGUUUCAACGUUUGUUUCGCCACGAAAAUUUGGAUAACUUUUUUAAAAAUUAUUAUAUUUUAAUUUUUUCGUAAAAUCUGCAUAAAAAUUGGCAUUUUGUUUUGACAAAUAUGUGUUUUUGCCUCGUGUCAAAAAAGACUUGAAGUUUUCGUAUUGUUUUACAAAUGUGUUGAGAUUUCAGAGAAGGUUUUCUUCAUGAAUAACAUAUUUUUGUGGAUUUUGUUUUUAAUUUAGUGUUUAUGACAUCCUUUAGCACUUAUCUUUCUAUUUUUAAGCGUUAUCAAAACUUAUAUUGUUGGAAUGAAAUAUUGUUUUCUUUCAGAAAAGUCCAGUGAAUAGUAUAGUAGCCAAGUACAGAGAGAAACAACAAGCAGCUUUGGAAUCGGCGACACGAGAAGCUCAACUUAUUCGAGAACAGAGCACCGAGAUGUCGCCAUCUAAACAGGGUUCAGAAUCACCUCAGAAGUCGCCAGAAAAGGGAAAUCUGGAACUUUCAGCUGAUGAAGAUCAUUCUAAAGCGGAAGACAUUCAAGAAAGUAUACCAGAAGAUGUAGACGAUCAAGAAAAAGAAGCGGAAAGUGAAAGUAAAGUGGCAGAGGAACCAGAAGAACGAGUAGAAGAUAGCAAAGCAGCUUCUGAUGUUGUGGAUGAAGAUAAAUCUUCUGGGGAAGAGGAAAACUUGCCAGAACCAGUCGCAAAACAGGCUAAAUCUCCAGUUAAAGAAAAUGAAAAGUCGUCAGAGAUUGUUGAAGAAGAUACGCAAGAAAAAGUUGAAGCAGACUCAGUUGAUCAAGAAGUAAAGGCUUCUGAACCCGCAAAGGAAGAAGAACAGACAGUUCCAGAAAUCGAUUUAGAAGUUGAAAAAGAGGACGAAGAGUCAGCGGAAGAACCAGAAAGGGUAUGUUGCUUUAGUUCUUCUUUUAAUUUUUAGGAUGUUUUGCUUAUGAAAAUGGUUUUUAAGGCUAUAAAACAAUCUUAAGGAUUAUAAAGUGAAUUAUUACUUUAGGAGAAGUCAGAAGUUUGUGACCACGAACCAUCAGCUGAAUCGGAAGUUCGAGUCGAGUAUGAUGAUGAAGAUACCAAGAAUGAAAAUAAAAGGAAGAGAUCUUCUUCUACUAAAGCAUCUGGAGAAGCUGGGGAUGGAGAUUAUCUGGAGCUUGAUUAUGAGGAGGAAGCAAAGGUAGGUGUAGACAUCUAUAUUAUUUUUACUAUAUUAUAGUAGACGUUUAUGUCGUUUUUUAUUGAAAAAGUUCUUGGAGACUGUUUUAGUGUUGAUCGCUCACUUUUAUGGUUAUUUUUAAGAGUAUGGCACUGUUUUUAAUGUGCUUUGCUUAUCUUUUUUUUGAAAAUUUAGGUUUGUAUAGAAUUUUUGCUGAAAUUAUUAUAUUGUAUUAGACUUGGUCUUAUUUUUGAUUUUUUUUUUUUUUUUUUUCAAACAAAUUGUAUAUUAAACAUACUGAGCUGAGAUAUUGGUGUUAAGGAUAAUAUGUAUUUGAAAAAAAAAACUGAAUUACUAUAGUGACGUUUGUGCUAAUCUCUAUGUUAUUAUAGGCAGAAGCAAGGGAAGAACAAAAAAAGCGAACGUAGAUCUUCAGUAAGCAAAAAGCCAGAUGCGAAAGACGAAGAACCAAAGGAAAAGAAGCCGUAUGUGGAAGAUCGCUUUGAUUUCCUAAAGAAGAUCUCCAAUGCUGAUAAGGAAUCGAAGAAGGAAACCACUGAGCUCGGAUUGGUCAGGGUGUCUCCAGUUUCUCCGGCAAAGUAAGCGGUUGAAAGCGCUGUGUUUGAUGGAUACUUUAUUUUGUUUUAGACAGGGACUUUGCUAAAGAUGCCGAAAAAAAAUUUUCUGUUUUUUUUCGAUUUUUCACGUAAAGAAGUUUCUUCAAAGUUUUAUGUGUACUUGUGGCUCUGAAUUAUAAAAUUUAGAAAAAUUAUCUUGCUUUUAGGCAUGAAGAAGACGUGUUUAUCCACGUACACAGACUUCGACGACCAUUCACUAACAAAGGACUGAUAAGUUUGUUGAAGAAAUUUGGAGAAUUUGACGAAAAUGAAGACUUCUGGAUCGACACUAUCAAGUCAAAUUGUAUUGUCAAGGUAUGUUUUACAAAAUUUUUAGUUUUUGUUUUGAAAAAUUGAAAUUUAAAAUCUUUUAAAGGUUCUUAAAGCUUAAUAAAAGCUAAAAAAUAAGGUUUUUUGUUGUUUCUAUGAAUUCCUUGCAACUCUGACAAGGCCUUGUCAAUAAGUGUUUAUCUUAAUGCCUAAAAUACGUUUUUGGUAUAGUAAAAAUUAAUAACAUUUUAAUUUUUUUAAAUUAAUUUAUCUGUUACAGUAUGCUACAGUAGAAGAAGCAAGAAAAGCCCGAGAUGAACUGCACAGUGUGAUUUGGCCAACAGGGAAUCCGGACUGUUUACUGGUCGAUUUUUGCUCGGAAGACAGGGUAAUUUUGUGUAAAAUACAAACUUGAUACUGGGUUUUGGAAAAAUGUAGGACGUUUAAUUUUUAGAGGAAUAAAACUACUGUAAUUUUAAGAAAAUUUGACUAAAGUGAAUAGUGAAUCAGUAGAAGUAAGCUUUGAAUAAUAUUAGGUUUUUCAAUUAAUUAUGUACCCCAUAACAUGUUCAUGUAAUUCCGUGCCCCAUGAAAUUUUCAAUUAAUUCAGUGCCCCAUAACCCUUAAAAUUGGCUUUGAGAGGGGCACAUAAUUAUUUGAACAAAUUAAUAAUAAUACUUUUUUCAGUUUAUCGAAAAGAAGGUCGGUAAAGUGAAGCCAGAAAAAGCGGUCGAAAAGCCUCGACUAGAAAUGGAAGCAGCCCCAAUCUCUCCAGAUCCCCCAUCCACAUCAGAGGAGGCGGUGAAGAACGGCGAAGAACAUCGCGAACGGCAGAGAACGCCAACCAGACAAAAGAGCGAAAAGGGCUUGGACGAACUCUUCAAAAAGACCAAAGCCAAACCUUUCAUCUACUAUCUACCGCUGACUACGGAAGAGGUAAGGGAUUGAGCUCGGUAUUUAUGUUAGGCUAUGUGGGUUGACUCACGCUCAGGUCAUCAUUUCAUUUAAUUUGUUCUUUAUUUAUGAUAUUAAUAUUAUUGUUGGACGGGCGAUUUGUUUUUUCAAUUUUUCAAAGUUUAGGUACAAUAUUAACAUUAAAAUACUAAAUUUUUCAUAAUUUCAGGCCGAUCGUCGUUGGGCCGAACGCAAAGCCCUGGAGGAGAAACGCCGCAACCGGGAAACGCCUCCCUUCCGUUCAAAUCCCCAAUCGCACAAUCGGCGCCGAUCUCCGCCAGCACGUCGGCGCCGUUCCAUCUCACGAUCACCGGACCGCAAAAGAGAUCGCCGCUCUCCGCCACGACGACGCUAG